AUGAGGAUCGAUUCUUCUCUCAAUUUCAACCACAAAAACUACUUCAUCAAGUUACUUCUCACUGUUUUCUUCUCUGUCCUCGCUUUUCGUCUUCUCUUCUUUCACUCUCUUCCACCUCACAUCGAUGAACCUUUUCCUGACAAAAUCAUCGAAUCUCAAAAUGAAGAAGUUAUUCAAAAUGAAGAAGAUAAAGUUUCUCCCACCGACACUGGAAAAUGUGAUUAUUUUGAUGGUGAUUGGGUACGGAAUCCGUUGGGCCCAAUGUAUACAAAUGAAACUUGUGACCUAAUUGAAUCGCAUCAAAAUUGUAUGAAAAAUGGGAGACCUGAUAGGGAGUUUUUGUAUUGGAAAUGGGCUCCCAGGGAUUGUGAGUUACCUAUGUUUGAUCCGAAGAGGUUUCUUGAUAUGAUGCGUGGUAAAGUUUGGGGACUUAUUGGUGAUUCGAUUUCUCGUAACCAUGUUCAGUCUUUGCUCUGCAUGCUUUCUAAGGUAGAAAAAGCUGUCCUUGUCUAUCACGAUGAGGAAUACAAGUCCAAAAGCUGGAACUUUCCGUCGUACAACUUAACUAUAUCAGUUUUAUGGUCACCGUUUCUUGCGGAAGCUGCUAUUUUUGAAGACAUAAAUGGUGUUUCUAGUUCUGAGGUUGAGCUACGUGUAGACAAACUGGAUAGUAAAUGGACAGAUCAGUAUCUAAACUUUGAUUACAUUAUUAUUUCAACUGGAAAAUGGUUUGUUAAAUCUGCAAUCUACUAUGAGAACAACACUAUAUUGGGCUGCCACUGGUGUACUAAUAACAAGAACUAUACAGAGGUAGGGUUCGACAUUGCCUAUCGCAAAGUCUUAAAAAAUGUCAUGGACUUCAUAUCGUCUUCCAAUCACAAGGGCCAGAUUUUGUUCAGGACAUCAACACCCGACCAUUUUGAAAACGGAGAGUGGUUUAGCGGAGGAACGUGCAACAGAACUGAGCCGAUUAAAGAAGCUCAGGUGGAGAUUAAGAAUCUGCUCAGGAUUAUUCGCGACAUUGAGUUAGAGGAGUUUCAAAAGGCGGCUUCCAAAGCUUCGAAAAACGGAGUUAAUCUAAAGCUUCUUGAUUUAGCGCCGCUUUCGCUUUUGAGACCGGACGGACAUCCGGGUCCAUACAGGCAGUUUCAGCCCUUUGCCAAGAACCAAAAUGCUAAAGUUCAGACUGAUUGUUUGCAUUGGUGCUUACCUGGGCCAAUAGAUUCUUGGAACGAUAUAAUAAUGGAAAUGGUUGUCAGUGGAUGA